CGUUUUGUGCAUCAAUUACAUUGAUAGGAAUGAUUCUGUGUGUGUAGGAACUUCUUCUUCUUCGCUAAAUUGUGUAGUAAUAUCAUCAACAUCUUCACUUUUCAAAGAUCAAAAGAAUGCCGAAGGUGAAGACAAAUCGUGUCAAGUAUCCUGAAGGCUGGGAAUUAAUUGAGCCUACACUACAAGAACUGCAGGCAAAGAUGAGAGAAGCUGAAAAUGACACUCAUGAUGGUAAGAGAAAAUGUGAAACUUUGUGGCCUAUUUUUAAGAUUGCACAUCAAAAAAGCCGGUACAUUUUCGACCUUUUUUAUCGGAGACACGAGAUAAGCAAAGAAUUAUAUGAGUUCUGUUUGGAUCAAGGCUAUGCCGACCGCAAUCUUAUUGCAAAGUGGAAAAAGCCGGGUUACGAACGUCUCUGUUGCUUAAGAUGCAUACAACCAAGGGAUCACAACUUCGCAACUACAUGUGUGUGCCGGGUGCCCAAGGAUCUGAGAGAGGAGAAGGUCAUAGAAUGCGUCCAUUGUGGUUGCAAGGGCUGUGCAAGUGGAGAUUGAUCGACCGUCAUUUGUUUGGAUGCCAGUUGAGUUGGAUAGCGUUACGAAGUUUUAGGAGCCUCACUCACUAUCAGGCACGUGUCCGAAUUUAAUACGACGUGAGUUUAACUGUCAGGAUUUGAGAAUUAGUUCGACUUGUGUAAUGCAUUGUUUUCAUUAUAGUAGAAAAUGUCAUGUAAUUGAAGAAGCUGGACAUUAUUACGUGAGGAAUAGGCAGCUUGAAGUGGUAAUAUCAGCUGAUCACUAUGUUGAAAUUCUCAGGAAAAUCUCUUGCCUAUGUUGGACCGUCUUUGGGACUUCAUAAAAAAUGAAGCCCGCUUUUUAAAACAACUUGGUGUGCAUUA